AUGCUGAUCAUCCCGGCAAUUGACCUGAAAGAUGCACAGCAUUGGGUAAAUGAAGGCGCUCGUCGUUUGCAUUUGGUUGAUUUGAAUGGGGCUUUUGCUGGAACACCAAUUCAUAAACCUGUCGUUGAAGCAAUUGCAAAAGCACAGCCUGAACUGCCAAUCCAGAUUGGCGGUGGUAUUCGCUCUUUGGAAACAAUCGAACAUUAUUUAGAUGCGGGCGUUUCUUUUGUCAUCAUCGGGACCAAAGCAGUUCAAAAUCCUGAAUUUGUUGAAGAAGCCUGUAAGAAGUUUGCGGGACACAUUAUUGUCGGUAUUGAUGCGAUCAAUGAUGCCGGUGUAUCGAGUAUUGUUUAUACCGAUAUCGCACGUGACGGUAUGAUGCAGGGUGUCAAUGUUGAACAGACAGUAAAUCUCGCACAAUACUCAGGUCUUCCAGUGAUCGCCUCAGGCGGUGUAACUAAUCUGGAUGAUGUGCGUAAUUUAAAA